CAGCCACAUUUCUACUUACGCAGUGAGCGCGACCAAUCGUCUACGUCGUUCAUAGAAAUAAGGAAGUAACAAGAGAAGCAGUUUGCAAUCGGCAGGGGUUUUGAAACAUUCUGGAAAAAUGGCUACCGAAGUUGCGCAGCUACCGCACAUCGAAGUGUUUCAUCGUGUAAUGGAACUUCCAAUGGUAGAAAGUGCGAUAUCGAAAUCCGCAGCCACAUAUUUACGUGUGAAAGACUGUCACCAGUUGGUACACUGGGCGCUAACCACUGCAGAGAUUUCUUUAAGCAACGCAACGAAGCAAGCGGUACCCAUUGCUGCACCUAUCGCCAAGAAACUCGAGAACCCUAUACACUUUGUUGACCACACGUUGUGCCUUGGUCUCGACAAAAUCGAAGAAAAAGUUCCGCUGGUUAAAGAGAAACCUGAGCAGAUUUUAGAGAACGCUUAUACGUUAGCACGACAAACUGUUCAACCCGCUGUUUCGAGUAUUUCACUCGCGAACGAAAUGAUAAUAUCGCAAGCCUUAAGUUUGAGAGAUAUAAGUUGGAACAAAGCGAAUCAGAUUUUGGAAACACAAUAUGGCAGCGCAGCUGUCAGGGGUUUAGAUAGCACAGCUGACGUUGUUAAUAAGUUAAUCGAUAAAUAUUUUCCUGCGACUGGCGACGAACAGUCAAUAGUGAUACAAACAAACGAAGAAGAUAAACUUCUUCACACCUUACAAACUGUUGGUCGUCUAUCUAAUAAAGCUGCUCGACGCGUUUAUUCGACUAUAAUACUCCACUUGAGAACUAUUAACACGGAGAAUUUGAAAUCGUAUAUCAAAUCUUUGGUACAAUUUUUGCAACUGACGAAUCACCAUGGCACAAAUAAUGGAGUACAAGUCCAUGCGAUUAAUUCGAAAUCACCGGAUACAUCAGACACGUCGAAUGCAGACUCGAAAAAAGUAAAUUAAAUCUUCAUUAUUGAUGACUGAAAAAGAAAGAGAACUUCCACCGAUUCCAUUUUUUUCUAUUUAUU